AUGUCUCUGGAUCUACGAUAUAGUGCCGCCAGGACGUCUAAGAUAACCAAAAGAUUAUUUAAUACAUCACCCGUUAAAAAGAUUCAAAAAGAUCUAAAAAAUAGAUUACCAUCUCAAACUAAGUAUAGUCAAAAUCUAGGUAAAGCAAAGAUUAAACAAGAUGAAAAAUUAGUUGCUCUGGAUUAUAAUGUUCAAUUAGAUUAUCAGUUAUCACGAGAUGAGAAUUUAAUGGUUGCAGUUGAUACAAUAGCGUUAAAUUUUUGGUGUGAAUCUAAUGGUCUUAGUAAUAAAUACUUUAGUAAAGAAGACAAGAGAUUAAAAUCUAUGGAAUCACUUGUAUUUCUGUUAAAGGGACUUUCAAUGAAAGCUAAAGCAGAAGUUAUGACUUUUAGAACUCAGAAAUUUCCUAAAGGAAUGAUAACCACAAAUCAAUUAUAUUCAAUUUAUGAAAAUCAAGGUAAUACAUUUGUAGAUCGAAAUUUAGAAAUAUAUAUAAGAAAUGGGAAAUUAAGAAAAUUUAUAAUUACUAAUUCUUCACCAGUUAUUCUGAGAACAGUACAAAAAUUUCAAUUAGGUAAGGUUUCAUAUGGUCAUGAGAAUAUGGAAGUAAUAAUAUCUGCUGAUAAUUAUAAAUCAUUAAUUCAACAUCAAAUAAAAAUUUUAGAAUCACAAGUAAAUGAGAAUCUCGAGGAUAAGAAUUUAUUAUUUAAAUUAAAUUCAUUGAAAAAGUUUAAUGUAUUUGUUAUAAACAAUCCAACGUCAUUAUUUGUAGAUCUUACACAAUUAACUUAUGAAGAAUUAUCAUCAUUAAUAUCGUUUGGGUUUGUGACAUUAACGUCAAAUCAUUUGAAUGAGAUUGAAUCUCAUCAAUUUUCAAUAUCAUAUCCAGCUUGUGGAGUAUUUUUAAAACUCAUAAAUGCUGGUAGAGUUUGGUUAGUUAAGACUCUUACAAAGGCUAGUUAUAAGGAAAGUUUAGAAGAACAAUUAUUUAAUAAAUGGGAAGGUAUUAAUAUAAAUGGAGACUCUAAGAUGAAUAAUUUUAGAGCUCCAUUCUAUGGUUAUGAUUUAAAUUGGGUAUUAGCCGAUGGAUUAGGAGCUGGAUUGAUUGAAGUAUUCAAUACUCCUGUCGGUAGAGCAUGGCGAUUAACGGGUAAAGUAUAA